UAUUUGGGUGCUUUUCAACCGGAUAUCCGGCGACUCCAUACACGUUGUCUCUAGUUCUCGAACGAACAGAGAUCGUCGCAGCGUUUCUUUCUUUUCUGAACAGGCGCAGUCCGAGAGAACUCGCAAAAGGAGUAAAAGGCUCCUACAUAACCUGUCACUACCAAUAUAUUGUAUGAGUCAGAAGGUAGAAAAACCAGUAUUAUCGGGUCAACGGAUCAAGACCAGAAAAAGAGAUGAGAAAGAGAAGUACGACCCGAACGGGUUCCGCGACGCUCUCGUCCAAGGGCUGGAGCGCGCGGGCGGAGACCUGGACGCGGCCUAUAAAUUCCUAGACGCUGCCGGCUCCAAGCUUGACUAUCGCCGAUAUGGCGAGGUCAUUUUCGACGUGCUUAUCGCCGGGGGGCUGUUGCUCCCCGGCGGCUCGGUGUCGAUGGACGGGGAGACGCCGAAGACCAACACUUGUAUCUUCAGCGCGAGCGAGGAUAUGGAGACGAUGCGCAACUUUGAACAGGUAUUCGUGAAAUUGAUGCGACGUUAUAAAUAUCUGGAGAAAAUGUUUGAAGAGGAAAUGAAAAAGGUGCUCGUGUACAUAAAGGGCUUUGAUGCACAGCAACGCAUCAAGCUUGCUAGGAUGACGGCCCUUUGGAUCUGCAACGGCUGUGUCCCGCCAUCAGUGCUGCUGGUGCUGGUGAACGAGCACCUGCUGAAGGAGAACGUGGCGCUCGAGUUCGUGCUCGAGGUGUUCGCGACCGUCAAGCAGGAAAGGGGCGUGGCCUCGCUGGUCACGUCGCUCAAGAAGGGGCAGCUGGAGGGCAGGCUGCUGGAGUUCCUGCCGCUGAACCGGCGCAGCGAGGAGUCGCUGGCGGCGGCGUUCGGCGCGCGCGGGCUGGGCGAGGUGGUGCGGCUGCACCGCGCGCAGGCCUCGCAGGAGGCGCGCCGCGAGCUCACGCGCGUGCUGGACGACGAGCUGGCGGACGAGCGGCCCGUGCGCGACCUCAUCCCCGACCUGCGCGACAUGGCGCUCAAGAACGACAUCCCCGACCACGAGGUGGUCGCCAUCAUAUGGCAGUGCGUGAUGUCGCGCGGCGAGUGGAACAAGAAGGAGGAGCUGCUGGCGGAGCAGGCGGCGAAGCACCUGCGCCAGUACACGCCGCUGCUCGCCGCCUUCGCGCACUCCGCCAAGGCGGAGAUCGCGCUGCUCACUAAGGUGCAAGAGUACUGCUACGAGAACAUGAACUUCAUGCGCGCGUUCAGCAAGCUGGUGGUGAUGCUGUACAAGAGCAACGUGCUCUCGGAGGAGGUGAUCCUGCGCUGGUACCGCGACCCCAACUCGUCCAAGGGCAAGCUCAUGUUCCUCGAGCAGAUGAAGAAGUUUGUCGAGUGGCUGCAGAGCGCUGAGGAGGAGUCGGAGAGCGGAGAGGAGGAGGAUUAAUUUAAGCGCAGCGAGUGAGACUGACAGCGCCGUCCCACAACAAUGCAUAAUCAACAACAGAACAACAACAACAACACAACAAUAGCAACAACAGACACAGGAACAACAGGACGGCGUCAACAGACAACCGCCGCUCCACUCGCAAUCAUAAUACAAGAAUAAUCGAGACGUGUGGAGCGAGCGAACUUUUCUACAACUGUAUA